GUUACUGCUGUUGUUAUUUCCCCUUAGCAGGGAGAUCACACGAGCCAUGGCUGAGAAGAAGCAGUCUGGCCGGCAAGGCGAGGAGGAAGAAGUGCCAGCCUUCUUCAAAAACCUGGGCUCGGGCAGUCCGAAGCCCCGGCAGAAAUUCUGUGGCAUGUUCUGCCCGGUGGAAGGCUCCCUGGAGAACAAGACCAUCGACUUCGACUCCCUCUCGGUGGGCCGCGGAUCUAACAAAGUGGUGGCAAAGCAGAAGGAUGUCGCCCACUUGGGUCCGGAUGCUCAGUCUGUCUAUUCCAGACAGAGUGGGAAGGGAGGGGAACCAUCUGUUGAUUUCGGAAGAAAGGUGGAGAUCAGGAGUGCCACUGGGAAGGAGGCACUGCAGAACCUGAAUGACAAGAGCGACCGUCUUCUGAUCAAAGGUGGGAAGAUUGUCAAUGACGACCAGUCUUUCUAUGCAGACAUCUACAUGGAAGAUGGGCUCAUCAAGCAAAUAGGAGAGAAUCUCAUCGUGCCCGGAGGAGUGAAAACCAUCGAAGCCCACGGCAGGAUGGUGAUUCCUGGAGGGAUUGAUGUUCACACCCGCUUCCAGAUGCCAGAGCAGGGGAUGACUUCUGCUGAUGACUUCUUCCAGGGGACCAAGGCUGCACUGGCUGGGGGCACCACCAUGAUCAUUGAUCAUGUGGUUCCUGAGCCGGGGACCAGUUUGCUGACUGCAUUUGACCAGUGGCGAGAAUGGGCAGACAGCAAAUCCUGCUGUGAUUACUCCCUGCACGUGGACAUCACCGAGUGGCACAAAGGCGUCCAGGAGGAGAUGGAAGCUCUGGUUAAAGAUCACGGUGUGAAUUCCUUCCUGGUUUACAUGGCUUUCAAAGACCGCUUCCAGCUGUCUGACUCCCAGAUCUAUGAGGUCCUGAGCGUUAUCCGGGAUAUUGGUGCCACAGCUCAAGUGCAUGCUGAGAAUGGUGACAUCAUUGCUGAGGAGCAGCAAAGGAUCCUGGAGCUGGGAAUCACAGGCCCUGAAGGGCACGUGUUGAGCAGACCUGAAGAGGUGGAGGCAGAAGCUGUGAACCGGGCAAUCACCAUCGCCAACCAAACCAACUGCCCUCUCUAUAUCACCAAGGUGAUGAGCAAAAGCGCUGCUGAAGUCAUUGCUCAAGCCAGGAAAAAGGGCACUGUGGUGUACGGGGAGCCCAUCACAGCCAGCUUGGGUACUGAUGGAUCUCAUUAUUGGAGCAAGAAUUGGGCGAAGGCGGCCGCUUUUGUCACUUCCCCACCACUGAGUCCUGACCCAACCACUCCUGAUUUCCUCAACUCCCUGCUGUCCUGCGGAGACCUCCAAGUCACUGGCAGUGCCCACUGCACCUUCAACACUGCUCAGAAAGCUGUUGGGAAGGACAACUUCACCCUGAUCCCCGAGGGAACCAACGGGACGGAGGAGAGGAUGUCCAUCAUCUGGGACAAGGCUGUGGUGACUGGCAAGAUGGAUGAGAACCAGUUUGUGGCUGUGACCAGCACAAAUGCAGCUAAAAUCUUUAACCUGUACCCACGGAAGGGCCGCAUCGCCGUGGGCUCUGAUGCUGAUUUGGUUAUCUGGGAUCCGGACAGCGUCAAGACAAUCUCUGCCAAGACCCACAACAUAUCUCUGGAGUACAACAUCUUCGAAGGCAUGGAGUGCCGUGGGUCUCCCCUGGUGGUUAUCAGCCAGGGGAAGAUCGUGCUGGAGGAUGGGAAUCUCCACGUAACGGAGGGCUCUGGGCGGUACAUCCCCAGGAAGCCGUUCCCCGACUUUGUUUACAAGCGGAUCAAAGCGAGGAGCAGGCUGGCCGAGCUGCGGGGUGUGCCUCGAGGCCUCUAUGAUGGGCCGGUCUGCGAAGUGUCGGUGACGCCGAAGACGGUCACUCCUGCAUCUUCAGCUAAAACAUCUCCUGCCAAACAGCAAGCCCCACCCGUGAGGAACCUGCACCAGUCUGGCUUUAGCUUGUCUGGCGCACAGAUUGACGACAACAUCCCACGCCGCACCACCCAGCGCAUCGUGGCACCGCCGGGCGGACGUGCCAACAUCACCAGCUUGGGUUAAGGACCGACCCCUUCCGCCCGUCCAGCGGACCAGGGGAGGGGAUGGGGGCACCUGGAGACCCUUUUUGAUUCUUUUAGAGCCUGUGAUGGUUACUGCGGGCAAUGGGGGGGGCUGAAGUAACGCACCUCUUUCGGUCCCCUCAGAUUCCCUCCUCAUCUUCACCAACCCCUCUCACUUCCCUGUCAGCCCCUACACGUUUAAAGAGAAAACAACCAACCCUGUUUUGACACCUCUGACAUGCAAAAGUAAAUGUGAAGAGGAUGUUUGAGAUAUGUGGCCUAUGUCCCAUUCAGCAUCUUUCUUUUAAUAAAGGAAGGAUAAAGUGAAUUUCCCCGGAGCUGCCUUUAAGACACAGAUGAAAAGAAAAAAGAAUAAAUAAAUUUUAAAUGUAAAAAAAAUAGCUUUUUUUUUUUUUUUUUCCCCAAUGUCAAGCAGAAGAGUAGUUCAAGGGUUAUAAACUGGAUGUUCUUUAGGGUUCUGUGUUCCAGCAGCAUAGCUAGGAGAGCACGGAGGGCCACGAAUCCCAGUCUGGCACCAUUCCCCACCACCACCUCUGAGGCCACAGAAUAGCUGUUUGCUGCCAAGAAAGAGAACCAGGACCCAGCACUAGGAGCUGACAGAGCACAUGGCACCCCGCCAUCGGGUGAGCUAGAGCUGUUGGAGACUUUUGUUCUGUUGGGGUUGUUUUUUUUUUUCCUUUUUUUUUUUUUUUUU